AUGCAGGCAAGGGAUCUGUGCCCGGUGCCGCCGGACCCUCAGCAGUUUGACACACCAACUAGCCGCCCCCGUCAGGAGGGACGACAGGGGAAGCGCAUUGACGCAAUCCUUUCGGCCAGGGUGCUUACAGGUGACCUUGUGAUCCAUGAGGGGACUUUCGAGGUUCUUGGUACGGACCACGAGUUGCUCUCCUUGAACUUUGUCCUAAGGAAGGCCAGACGUCGCUGCCCCUUUUCUUCGAGGCCCAGGGUCUGGGUUGGAGGGGUUACAGAGGUCACCGAGCUGGAUCAGGAGUCGCUCAAGCAGCUUGCUCGCAGGUGUACCAGGGCUAAGCCGGGAAAGGGCUACAGAGAUCCGCAGGAGGUCAGGGACGCCUUUGCAGUAGCCAAACAAACGGGUCGAAAUGUGGAUUGGACGGCCGCUCGCAACCGACGCAAGGCUGCAAGGGGGCAAUGGGAGCAGGAUCGGUUGCGCAGGGCUACGGCGGGAGACUGGGCGGAAGUCAAGGCCCUCAGACGUGGCUCGAACCAGGGGUGGGACUCAGCUUUUGCGGAAGCCCAGGGAGACGAAGAUCCGCACCGGGUUGUACAUGAACACUUGGAGGCCAUCUAUACGACGGGCCAGGUUGUUCCGCCCUUGCCUGCUUACUCAGGUGGCUUUUGCCCCUUUACGGCUGAUGAGUUGGACGCCGCGAUCCAGCAGGGCAAGAAGGGCAAGGCGGUUGGGACUGACGCAACAAGUUUGGAACUCCUGCAAGGGUUGUGUGAGGUUCAAGGAGGCAAAGAGGCGCUUCUCCGCUUCUACAACGACGUCUACAAGUCGGGGGUUGUACCCUCUGACUGGGGGGAGGCACUCAUGAUUGUCAUCCCCAAGGAGGAUCACCCGAAAGAGCCCAAAGCACUAAGGCCAAUUGCCAUGGGGUCGAGCACCUGCAAGGUCUUCAGUCGGAUGCUGCUUGGCAGAACUUUGCCGUUCAUCCAGCACAAGGGUCCACAGCAAUGCUCAGGAGCAGGGCGCCAAACGAGUGAGUAUGUAUGGGCGAUCGCAAGGGUCAUGGAGCUGGAAGCCGAGUGGCACAGGGGAGUGGUCAUGGCCAAAAUCGACAUCACUAAGGCCUAUGACAUGGUCGACCGAUCCAAGCUGCUCCACAAACUUCAGCAGGCCAUGGGGGAUGGACACACCUUCAGGUGCUGGCAUGCCUUGCUGUCUGACUCAACUGCUUGCUUGCAGACCUGCUGGGACCAGACGUGGCUGCAAAUCGACAGGGGGAUACGGCAGGGCUCGGUCGAGUCCCCAGCUCUAUUCAGUUUCCUAGCAGAGGCGAUUUUGUUGGAUGCGCAGGCCCGCUAUGACUGGUGUCGUCGUGACAGGGUUUUCCUAGGGCUGGAGCUCGAAGAGUUGAUGUUUAUGGACGACGGAGUGCUAUGGUCAGGGUCGGCAGCUUCCCUUGCAAGGAAAUUGGAGGAAUGGACGGACGAACUAUCCGCCUACGGUCUGGCCCUCAACCCUGCCAAAUGCAGGGUAUACUUCUCGCCGUAUUCCAAGGGCCCUCGAGUUGUGCGUGUCAAGGGGGUGGAGAUACCGGUUGUCGACAAGCUCGUGGUGAUGGGCCUGCCCUUCCGGGUCGGCGCCCCGGUUUCGGAGUUGCUGGCCCCCAUCAUGGCCAGAGCCAAGGAUAAGUUUUGGGGGAUGGCCCACUUGCUCCGUGCCAAGACACCACUUGCUGGCAGGAUCCGCCUCCUGGACAGGGUUCUUGGAGGGACGACUUUCUGGUGCCUCUCGGCCCUGGCCCCAGACACCAGUGGAAUGCAACUUCUCAACUCGUUGCAACUACAGAUGGUGGUGUGGUGCAUGAGAGUGGUCUACGUCGUGGUUGGAACGGUGGUGGAACUUCUCAGGAUAUGGACGGUGCAGUGGGGGGCAGGCCAUGGCGAGGGGUUGCGAGAAACAGACAAGAGUGGAGAGAGGACGACUGUCUCCGUGGAUGCUACGUGGUCUUGCCUGCCAAUAUGCUGGCAGAGUACUACGGUACCGAAUUCGAUAAGACUGCUGCCUGACUACAACAACACGGUCCUCCUUGGUGACCAGGGCAUGGCAGUCUCAGACAUGACACAGCACAAUCUCCACCGAUGUGUGCCACCCUUUGCGGCUGGUGCACUUGGGGAUGAAGGAAGAACAGCGGACCAAAAGGAGAGAAUGGAUGAACCGCCGCCGGGAAAUAAGAACACGGUCCUCCUCGGUGACCACGGCAUGGCAGGGAUGAACAUGACGCAGCACAACUUCAACGGGUGGAUGCCGCCCACCCGAGCGGGUGUGUCUCAGGGUGAAGGAAGACCAGCAGACCAACAAGGACGAAUGGAUGAAGGGUUGACCAUGAUGGGGUGGAAUACCAAGGAGCAGCAGUCCCUCGACGAGCAGGUAACCCUCGAUGGGUGCGAGCCACAGGUGCUCAUGGGUGACCAAGACACCUUACGAGGGCAAGCGAAGGGCAGGGAGCUGAGUCUUACAGGGAUGAAGGCAUUGGAUGGUGUCAGUGCUCUAGAAGGCGAGUGUGAGGAAGAGAGCCUGUCGCUCAUGCAGACGGCCGUCGUGGAUGAAUGGACCGAGUACCUGAACGACGUGAGGGAGCACUUCGAGGCGUUGUUCAAACCGGACCGUGCUAGGGUGGCGGCGCACCUGCUUUCUAGACUGCAGUGGCAUGCGGUUAAUUGCAGAGAUGGCUACCUGCUUGGGCACAUGCAAGGGAGAGUGGGCAUGCUGACCUCCCUGUUGGUGGUGGCGCUGGAUGAAGUUGAAGUGGAUUGGUGCAGCCCGGCCCCGAUGCUGGCGAACCGACUUUGGCGGCGAGCAGAGGAACUCAUUCCGCCCCACCCGGGAUCCCUACGAGAAGCUGGCCGCAGCCCGCGGGACGAGCUGCCGUGCAUCAUGCUCUUCUCCACUGUGGUCCCGACGAAUACGCCGGAGAGCUCGCCAGCCAUGCUCCCGGAGACGCCCGAUGGUGGUCUUUGUCCGAGGGAGCCGAAGAGGCGAUGUCUUCGUCUGGAGCUUCGGACACAGUCCGGAGUUGGCUCACACCAAAGUUUGACGGUACCGAUGCCGAAUGACACGUUGGACGUCAACCUCCGCCUCAGCAUUGUGGAGGACGAAGAGCCGGGGAGUGCCAGCACGCAGGCAGCUGAACAUGAGGGCAGAGCUCCAGUGGGGAUGGCUUUGCCGCCUCCGGGACCUGGGGUACUGGCAGCAGCCGGGAUCUCGCUGGAAACGUACUUUCAGCUUUGGGAUCUGUGGCGGAAGAUGGGGGACGAGGGCAACAGGGGUGACCAGGAAGACACCGACGAAGCCGGCCUGAUGUUCGUGAAGUAUGGCAAGGUGGCAGUGCUCGGGGCAGUCAGCGGGAUGGCUAUGGAGCACCCGCCCAUCGUCUACAUGGCCAGGGACCAGCUUUCGCGCCUUCGGAGGGAGGGAUGGACCAACAGGCAGCUCGUGAGCACACUUUACGUCAGGUACCAGAGCCGGAGCAGUGAGGCCUACAUGGACGCAUUCCCGCGUAUGAUGGGAGACUUGGGAUUGGAGCUGGACGUGGACACUAGGGCGUGUCAACUCCACCCGCUACCACCGGUGUUGGAGUGGCUGGAGGCUGAAAUGUGGGAUGAGUUUGUCGACUUCUUUGAGGCUGCAAGUGGGAGGAACGUGAUCAGUGGCGUCGUCGGUCUGAACAUCCUUCCCGACCGACGCGAAGCCGCAGCAGAAGCCGUGACCGAGAGCAAGCUGGCGAACCACAUCGCAGGGACCGAGGGAGAGAUGAGCCAGUGGAACGCCACAAUGCCAGAGAUGGUCGGAACAGGAGUGGAAGGUCGGACACAACCAGGGAGAGGGAGCGACCAGGGGGCAUCAAGCAAGGGUGAGGGUCGCAGCAAGGGCGAAGGUCGCAGAUCGCGGUCGGCAAGGCCCUUGUGUACCACCGAGACCAGACGCUUGGAACCGAGGCGACCUCCAUCGGCAGCACCGAGGGCAACAAUCACGGCGGACGAUGCGGCAGUGGCGUGGAUGCAUCUCUUGGGUUUUCGGGAAGGCCUUCAAUGGCACGCCUCGCCAGUCCUCGACCAGACCCCUGAGAAUGUGCAGGCGAGAGCGGACUUCAUCAGGGAUGUGGCACCGGGUGACUUGGUCAUGAUGCAAACUGGGCUCCUCAGGGUCCUGGGCAUGCUUUUCGUGGAAUGUGCUCAGUUGGUGCAGCAACACCCGUCACUACAGCCAGCGGAUGCAGUGGAGGUGGAAGUGGAGGAGUCUGACUCUAGCUACUGGAUGCAGACGUCAAUCGAUAUGCACCAGACAAUGUCAAGGGGACAGGCAAGCUGGCAGCAGUGGGUGCAGGGACUGCGGACGGAGCUGCAACAGAUGACGGACCCAGAUCGUAGGCAGUGUGCUGCGGCCCUAUGGCAGAUUGUGGAAGAGGGGAGGCCUUUACGACAGGGCCUUCGCGAGGAGCUUGGAAUGGUGUUGUCGGAUAGGGAUGCCAUCUAUCAACGGUCUGACGAGGUGCAUGCAUGGUUGCAAGUGGUGACCGCUGAACUUAAUGCCCUCCCGAUCUUCGUGGAGGCUCCCAUUGACCUGGAGGCCCUCGUGCAGGAUGAAAUGGAGUAUGCUCGCCUAUGUCAGGUGGAGGCGGCAAACAAUGCUGCACAGGAGGCGGACCGAGCAAGACAGGAAGAAGAACAAAACGAACGGGACCUUCAGCUACAUGAGUUCCACGAGGGUGCGCAGUACCGAGACUGGGAGCAGUGGGAAGUUCUACACCCUCCUGCGCCUGUCACCAGGAAGCGCAGGUUGACGCUGGAUGUGACGGCCGGCUCGGCGCAGAGGACUAUGGUCUGCUUCCUUGGCCGGCAAGGGGGCUUCAGGUGUGAGAUGCAGGUGGAGGAGGUGGCUAUGCCUGCAGGAGCUGCUGAUGUCUCGAACGAGGCCACCCAUGUACGGCUGUAUGGACCGUGGAAGAGUGGCCAGUUACUGGACGGGGAGGUGCUGCAGUUGGUUGGUGAAGAAUCUUUUGCUCUCUUCCUGGCCCAGCGCGUGGAAGAGGAUGAGGCUAUGGUUCCUGCACCUCGUGACGAUCAAGGAGUACCUCUAGCACGUUCUGAUGGUCCGGGUGUCCCUCUGGGUAAUGACCGUGCUGUACCUUCGAGUGAUGAGAAAGCUCCCCAAGGGUCCGAGGAUGUGAAGGGCUGA